AUCAGUGACGUCACGGAUGCGCCACCGGGCCGGCGCUGGGGAAAGGAGCCUGCUGAGGGAUGCCCAAGAAGUUCCAGGGCGAGAACACCAAGUCCGCAGCGGCCAGGGCCCGGAGGGCUGAAGCCAAGGCAGCAGCUGAUGCCAGGAAGCAGAAGGAGCUGGAGGAUGCCUACUGGAAGGACGAGGACAAACACGUCAUGAGGAAGGAGCAGCGCAAGGAAGAGAAGGAGAAGCGGCGCCUGGAGCAGCUGGAACGCAAGAAGGAGACGCAGCGCCUGCUGGAGGAGGAGGACUCGAAGAUCAAGGGCGGCAAGGUCCCUCGGGUGGCUGCACCCAGCAAGGUCACCCGCGCCCAGAUUGAGGAGACACUCCGCCGAGACCAUCAGCACAAGGAAGUCCCGGACCCAGCCGAGAAAGCCAAGAGCCACCUGGAAGUGCCGCUGGAGGAGAACGUGAACCGGCGCGUGCCGGAGGAGGGCAGCGUGGAGGCGCGCACCGUCGAGGACGCCAUCGCGGUGCUCAGCCUGGCGGAGGAGGCAGCGGACCGGCACCCUGAGCGCCGCAUGCGGGCGGCCUUCACGGCUUUCGAGGAAGCGCAGCUGCCGCGGCUCAAACAAGAAAACCCCAACAUGCGGCUGUCACAGCUGAAGCAGAUGCUCAAGAAGGAGUGGCUGCGCUCACCGGACAACCCCAUGAACCAGCGGGCCAUGCCCUUCAACGCCCCAAAGUGAGCCUGGGACUGGAAGAGCCGCCCCGCGUGCAGUCGGGGGCGUGAUCUCGCUCGCCCUCCCGCUAGGGCAGCUCUGAGGGUUGCGGAGAGGCCCGAGAGCCACGUGGCAUCACCGGCCACACUCCCUGUUGGAGGGUCGUUGCUGAGAGUGACACCCACCCCGCCCCUUCCUGUGCUCACAGAGCCCGGGGGCCAAGUGCACAAUAAAGGCCGUCAGUGAAGUUGA